AUGAAGGUCUCCGCUGUCCUUCUGUGCCUGCUGCUCACAGCUGCCACCCUCAGCACCCAGCUGCUCGCUCGGCCAGAUGCUCUUGGCCUCCCCUCCACUUGCUGUUACACAUUUAGCCAUAAGAGGAUCCCCUUGCAGAGGCUGCUGAGCUAUCAUAACACCAGCAGCCGGUGCUCCCAGGAAGCCGUCAUCUUCAGAACCAAGAAGGCCAAGGAGAUCUGUGCCGACCCCAAGGACAAGUGGGUUCAGAACUACAUAAAGCACCUGCGUGGGAAAUCUCAACACUCAGAAGUCAUCAACACUUCCAGCCCCUUGCGGACCACUACCCCGGAGUCCAGGCGGUCUUCCAACCACGCGGUGGCCACGCGGGAGUAUGAGGAAUGA